UGAUAUCUGACAAAUAAUAAGUUUAUUUUAUCAUAGAAAUAAACAGUGCCUUGUUUAUGUAAACAAUUGGAGAAACUGGAAAAACAAUGGGUUUGUUCAUAUCAUUUGAAUAAAUAAUUAAGCAUAUAUUUAUCUUUCAAAUAUUAAUGACUCUAAGGGUAUUGACAAUUAAUAUCUAUCUUAGUAAGUGUCGAAGAAAAUAUGGAACAAAGUUCUAAAAACGUAGAGGAUAAACUUUUCGACGAAAUUAUCGGACACAUAGAAGAUAUUUUGUUAGAAGACGAAUUUCACUCUAUUCAAAAAAAAUUUUUGGAUAAUUAUUGGGAUGUUUUUGAACCUGUAGAGGAAAAUAAAUUAAUUUAUACAGAUAUAUUUAAUGAAUAUAAUAAGGCAGUGGAAAAUUAUAUCGUUAAUUACUUACAGAAGCUAAUACCACAUUUUAAUAUUGACACAUUUUUAGAACAUUUAAAUAAUAAGCAAAAUGAAUUGGAAGGUGAAGUGUUUGAAGUGUUAUCAACCUUCACAGACUUCGUGUCCUUCAAAGAAAUGUUUCUUGACUUUAGAGCUGUAAAAGAAGGAAAGGUUCAAGAUCUUAGUUGUGGAAUAUCUGUUACAUCUCUCAAAAGUAAUACGAAUGACAAUGAUUCUUUUGGAUAAAAAAUUUUCUCAAAAAAAUAAAUAUUUUAAAUAUACUAAAGAAAUAAAUUACCUGUUCACUAAUUGUAUUUCUUAUGUUCAAUUGUUAUUUUUAAAAGUCAGUACAUUUAUCGUAUUUCUAAUUAUUGUUUAACGAAGUACAAAAAGAUAUAUACAUUGUAUUCAUAAGUUCUAUAAGAAAUAGAGGAAUUGUGUAUUCAACACAUUGAUCGUUUUUGUGCUUCGUAAAUCCAGUAUUCGCACAAAUAUAUCUGUUGUAUUUACUUAAAGCACUGUAUCGAAAAUAAAACAACAAAUAUAACAAGUUUGAUUCAGCACAUAA